AUGUUUAGGGCAAGCGGAGUCGGGGAGCGGAGCAUCUAUAAAAUCGUACACCAUGCCCGGAACUCCGCCCAUCCAAAAACAGCAAUAGCUGCUCGCCCAGCUCGCGGCAAUGCGAUAGCAGAUCCGGGGGAGCGGCAGUGGGCGGAGAAGGAGCGGGCGGAGAAGAAGUGGGCCCGGAAGCCUACAUCGGAGCGCGUCGAGUCCCCCCGGAGUUCCCCAGAGGCCGGCUCCAGCAAACGCCACCGCAACAACGACAAUGCCGACGACAACGACGACAACGACAUCGUCGACAUCACGCCCAAGCGGAAGCGGGCUCAGAUGGAGACCGUGUGGGCUCCAGCCAAAAAAGCCUGCGCCAAGUGCGAGGAGAAGAGGAUUGCCUGCCUCUUCUCUGUGGGCCGUUCGCGCGCCCGGGCCUGCCAGGCCUGCAUGAGGUCCAAGACCAAGUGCACCGGGGGUCAGCAGGCGGACAAGACCCCCGCCGUCGUCAUCUCCGACGACGAGCCCCUGGUGACUCCCGCCGGUCCGUCCACUCCCCGCAAGAAAGCGGCCCCGGCGGAGAAACCGACGGAGAAGGCGGGGCCUGCACUCAGGCCUUCGUCCAAGGCCCGGGGGAAGAAGCGGGAGACAACGGCGGAGCGGGAGGAGAGGGAGCGGAAGCAGAAGGAGCUCGAGCGGAAGGAGAAGGAGAUCGCCGACGCAACGGCCCCUAAGGAGGCCGAUCUCCCUUUCAGCCGGCGUGCGCAGAGGGAGAUUACGAUCCUCAAGACCCUCCGCUAUGCCAUGUUGGAGAUCCAGCAGUUCCGGGAGGAGUUGGAGGUACUCCGGCGCGAGAUGCGCCUUACCCGCGGCGCGAUCUCUGACCUGGCCCAGAGCCGGGAGGGGAUCUACCAGGAGUACUUCGGCGGAAUUGCCGACCUCCUGGAGGGGGAGCCCUCUGAUGGCGAGGGGCACCCGGAGUCGGACCCGGACUGGGGGGAGAUGGAGAGGUUCAGCAUGGGGAGUCCGGAUUGGGAGGUUGGGUCGGAGGCGGAGCAUGGGCCGGAGUCGGAACAGGAGCAGGAGGCGGAAGGAGAGCCGGAGCAGGAGUAG